AGGAAUGGCUCCUUGUAGGUACCAAACAAGGGCAUCUUCUGCUUUACAGGAUCAAGAAAGACACAGUGCCAGGAGAGGUUAUGUCAUCAGAAAGUGUCUGUUGCAAUAGGUUUGAAGUGACGCUAGAGAAAUCUAACAAGAACUUCUCAAAGAAGAUCCAGCAGAUUCAUGUUGUUUCUCAGUUUAAAAUUCUGGUCAGUCUAUUAGAAAAUAACAUUUAUGUCCAUGACCUGUUGACAUUUCAACAAAUCACCACGGUUUCCAAGGCAAAAGGUGCAUCUCUCUUCACUUGUGAUCUUCAGCAGUCAGAUUCAGGGGAAGAGGUGCUGAGAAUGUGUGUGGCAGUGCGGAAGAAGCUACAACUUUAUUUUUGGAAGGACAGAGAGUUCCAUGAACUACAGGGGGACUUCAGUGUACCUGAUGUACCCAAGUCUAUGGCCUGGUGUGAGAACUCAAUCUGUGUAGGCUUUAAGAGGGACUAUUACCUGAUACGGGUGGAUGGAAAAGGAUCCAUCAAAGAACUGUUUCCCACAGGGAAGCAGCUGGAACCAUUAGUAGCUCCUGUAGCAGAUGGAAAAGUUGCAGUUGGCCAAGAUGAUCUAACAGUUGUGCUUAAUGAAGACGGGGUCUGUACUCAGAAAUGUGCCUUGAAUUGGACAGAUAUUCCUAUAGCCAUGGAACACCAGCCUCCCUACAUAAUUGCUGUUCUGCCAAGGUAUGUGGAGAUCCGCACUUUUGAACCUCGGCUGUUGGUACAGAGUAUUGAGCUGCAGAGACCACGCUUCAUCACCUCUGGAGGCACAAAUAUUAUAUAUGUGGCAAGUAAUCACUUCGUUUGGCGGCUUAUUCCGGUGUCCAUAGCUACACAGAUCCAGCAGCUUCUGCAGGACAAGCAAUUUGAGUUGGCUUUGCAAUUGGCAGAAAUGAAAGAUGAUUCAGAUAGUGAGAAGCGACAACAAAUUCACCACAUAAAGAACCUCUUUGCCUUCAACCUCUUCUGCCAAAAGCGCUUUGAUGAAUCCAUGCAAGUUUUUGCCAAGCUUGGUACAGAUCCCACUCAUGUGAUGGGUCUGUAUCCUGACCUCCUGCCCACAGAUUACAGGAAACAGCUACAGUAUCCCAACCCCCUGCCAGGGCUCUCUGGGGCAGAGCUGGAGAAGGCACAUUUAGCUCUGAUAGACUACCUAACUCAAAAAAGAAGUCAGCUGGUGAAGAAGCUAAAUGAUUCUGACCAUCAGUCUAGUACCUCACCCCUCAUGGAAGGAACACCCACUAUCAAAUCCAAAAAGAAGCUGUUACAAAUCAUUGAUACUACCCUGUUAAAGUGUUACCUCCAUACAAAUGUAGCACUGGUGGCACCAUUGCUACGUCUGGAAAACAAUCACUGCCAUAUUGAAGAGAGUGAGCAUGUAUUAAAGAAAGCACACAAAUAUAGUGAGCUGAUAAUACUGUAUGAGAAGAAAGGUCUGCAUGAGAAAGCAUUACAGGUACUGGUGGAUCAAUCAAAGAAAGCUAACUCACCUUUGAAGGGUCAUGAGAGGACAGUGCAAUAUCUGCAGCAUUUGGGCACAGAAAACUUGCACUUGGUGUUUUCCUACUCUGUCUGGGUGCUAAGAGAUUUUCCUGAAGAUGGACUGAAAAUAUUCACAGAAGACCUCCCUGAAGUGGAAGCUUUGCCACGAGACAAAGUGCUCAGUUUCUUGAUAGAAAAUUUUAAAAGCUUGACUAUUCCUUAUCUGGAGCACAUCAUUCAUGUCUGGGAAGAAACUGGUGCAGACUUUCACAACUGUCUGAUCCAGCUGUACUGUGAAAAAGUGCAGGCCUUGAUGAAAGAAUAUCUAAAUUCUUUCCCUGCAGAUAAAACUCCAGUGCCAGCGGGGGAGGAAGGAGGAGACUUGGGGGAUUACCGGAGGAAGCUUCUACUUUUUCUGGAGAAGUCUAGCUGGUAUGAGCCAAGUCGGCUAAUUAGUGACUUCCCCUUUGAUGGUCUCCUAGAAGAACGUGCUCUGCUCUUAGGUCGUAUGGGGAAGCAUGAGCAAGCUCUGUUUAUUUAUGUUCAUAUUUUGAAGGACACCAACAUGGCUGAAAACUACUGCCAUAAACAUUAUGACAGAAACAAAGAUGGCAACAAAGAUGUCUACCUGUCGUUGCUCCGAAUGUAUCUCUCCCCACCAAGUGUUCAUUGCCUGGGACCAAUCAAGAUGGAAGUGCUGGAGCCUCAAGCCAAUCUGCAGGCUGCUCUGCAGGUUUUGGAACUGCAUCACAGCAAACUGGAUACCACCAAGGCAAUAAACCUACUCCCAGCAAAUACACAGAUAAGUGAGAUUCGAAUUUUCUUAGAGAAAGUCCUUGAAGAAAAUGCUCAGAAGAAAAGAUUUAAUCAAGUACUCAAGAAUCUUCUCCAUGCAGAGUUUCUGAGGGUCCAGGAGGAGCGGAUCUUGCAUCAGCAAGUGAAGUGCAUUAUUACAGAGGAGAAGGUGUGCACUGUGUGUAAAAAGAAGAUAGGUAACAGUGCAUUUGCUCGAUACCCUAAUGCAAGAGUUGUGCAUUAUUUCUGCUCCAAAGAAGUCAACACAUUGGAUACCUGACCUUGUCAUGGUCAAUAAUCCCAGCGUUCAUAUGAAAUUCAGAACUGAUGACUUAAGGAGUUGAUGCCUCUGAGAUUUUUUGAGGCUUGUUGCUAGGUUCUUUUACACUGGGUAGAAGUCAUUUGUAUUGGUGGACUGACUGUACCAGCUAGCAAUAUUGAUUUACAAGAAGAUGACUUUAACCGUAUUAUUAUAUUGCUGGCAACUACACUGAACCUCUCAGUACUCAGAUGAACUGAUUUUUGUAGUGAGUUUUGUAUUGCACUCCAAC